AUGUCGACCCCCUCUCCUCCAAGCUCCCUCUUCAGCCUCGACGCCCUCUUUGACAAUCCUCUUUUCGCCGGAGGCAUCGGCCUCGCCUCCCUCGGUGCCGCCGCCGCAUUCGCCCGCAAAGGCGCCAUUGUCGCCCUCGGAGCUGCUCGCCGCCGCCUCCUGGUCAAUGUCGAGAUCAGCAAGCAAGAUGCCGCGUAUCCUUGGAUCCUAACAUGGCUUUCGCAGCCGCGCGACACGCCGGGCCUCAUCGCCUCCCGACUCACCCGCAUCCACAAUCUCUCCGUCACAACCACGACGAGCUCGCGGGGGUCGGGCGUGCAAGGGCCGACCAGGGCGCACUUCUUCCUCCAGCCCGGCUAUGGGCGCCACAUUGUCAAGUUCGGCAACGCCUACAUUGCCGUCAACAGGGAAAAGCACAGCACGGCCAACAUGAACACGGGAGAGCCGCACGAAAUCGUGCAGCUGACCACGCUGUGGGCUCAUCGCCAUGCCUUUGAAGCCAUCUUCGGAGAGGCGCACCGGCUGGCUGCCAAGGCACACCAAGGCAAGACAGUCGUCUACUCUGCCCGUGGCAUGGAAUGGGCACCCCUUGGCGACCCGAGAAAGAAGCGACCACUCGGCUCCGUCAUCUUAGACGAGGGCGUCAAGGAGAGCAUCGUUGGCGACGUCAAGGAUUUUUUAUCCAAACAGCAAUGUGGAAAGAGUUCCUUCAUCCAGGCGCUGGCUGGAGAGCUGGAUUUCAGCGUGGCCAUGAUCAACCUCAGCGAAAUGGGCAUGACGGACGACAAGCUGGCCUACCUCCUGACAAAACUGCCCAAGAGAAGCUUGUUGCUGCUCGAAGAUGCGGAUGCGGCCUUUGUCAAUCGCCGCCAGCGUGAUGCCGACGGCUAUUCCGGCGCCAGCGUCACGUUCUCGGGCCUCCUCAACGCUCUGGACGGCGUCGCCGCCGGCGAGGAGCGCAUCGCCUUUUUGACCACCAACCACGUCGAUCGCCUAGAUCCGGCGCUGAUACGGCCCGGCCGAGUCGACAUGAUGCUUCGGAUCGGCGAUGCAACGAGAUUCCAGGCAGCGCGCAUGUGGGAUCGCUUCUACAGUGAGGUGGACGAAAACGGGCAUGGAAGGGAGCGCUUCCUGCGACGGCUCGAUGAUCUGGGCCUGUUUGGCGAGUACAGCGGACGCAAGCCCUCCAAUCGACAUACCAGCACUGCGGCGAUCCAGGGGCUUUUCCUGUUCAACAAGGACGACAUGCAGGGAGCCAUUGACAUGGCUGAAGGGUUGAUUCCAAGGAAAUUUGACGCCGAGGCUCGGAACCAAGAUGAGACGACAAAGACACCCAGGUGA